AUGUGCGGCUACAAAAAGAGGAGGUCCAUGUCAGCCCAAGCCCCGUUAAAACCAAGGCCACCGAGUCGUCCUUGGCAAACAGUGAGCGUGGAUGUUAUGGGGCCAUAUCGGAAAACAAGAAAAGGGAAUAGAUUCCUUAUUGUAUUAAUGGAUGUAUGCUCAAAAUGGGUAGAGGCCAUACCGAUCCCUUUAGUUCGACCGAGGAUAAUGAUAGAUUUCCUUAAGCAAAUAUUCCAGAGAUGGGGAUAUCCUGAGACGUUCAUAUCUGAUAAUGGACCCACGUUUAGAAGUCAUCAAUUUAUAUGUUUCCUGCAACAACAGCAUAUUGCCCAUUAUUUGACACCUAUUUACCACCCGCGAUCCAACCCCGUUGAGCGGCGUAACCAAGAACUAAAUAAGCUCAUGAGAGUCCAUAGCCGCCAACGUGGUCGUGGGGAGGAUCGCUGGGAUGAAAACAUCGACCAAGCCUUGUUCACUUUGCGGAACCGUCAAAACCAAGCAACUUGGAUGAGUCCAAGUGUAGUAUUGCUAGGGGCCCCGUUGACGGAACCGGGUGAGUGGAAUCACCCGGAAGUGCGGAGAGCGAUACAGAAUGCUUCCCGAAACCGAGACGAACGGCUUCAGAGAGUAAAGCGACGCCAAAUUGUAUUCAAUCGCAAUUUAUUUCCUGAUAGAAGACCACCGAAGAUAGUACUGAAUGUAGACGACCGUGUACUAGCCCGCAACCCUCCUGGUAUGAAAACCCCAUUAGGUCCGCCAUGGAUAGGACCAUAUCGAGUACUCCGGGUUUGUGGGUUGAAUGUGUACGAAAUAGACUGGAAUGAUGUCCCUGUAUUAGUACAUAUCGAUGACUUACGCCCCUGGGAGGAUCGAGAACAAUGGCAAGAGCCUGGACCAGAUCCAAUGCAUCUUCCGCCGGAGUAG